AUGGACUGUUUCGCUCGUGGUCUGCGUCAGGCGGCCAAGCUGCUGGAGAAAAACGAGUUGGGUGAGAUGGUCAAACAGCGCUAUGCCUCGUGGAAGAGUGCGCUUGGCGAACGCAUCGAGCAGGGAAAGGCUACACUCGAGGAGGUGGCGGCGUACGCGAAGGAGUCUGGCGAGCCGGACCACGUGUCUGGCAAGCAGGAGCUGGCCGAGCUGAUGCUCUUCCGUGGUGUGCAGUAA